AUGGCGCGAGGAAGCAGCAGCUCGAGCUCUCGAGCGCCGCCACGGUUUCAGCUCGGCUGGUACCGCCUCAUUCCCUUUUUCGGCUUCCACCAUGUGCUGAUGCUUCUGGUCGCCGUGGUGAUCAUUCUACUAUCACUGCUGCUGGCGGGCUGCUCGUCGUCGUCGCCGCUGAUUCCGGACGUUUUCCUGCUCUCGCUGUACUAUCAACGGUAUCAGGCCGUUCCCGACACGGCACAGGUUGACUACAAUGUCGCCACUGCCAUUGCCAACAUUGCCGGCAGUGCCAGUCUCCAGGCCCGUGUCGGGUACUUUGGCAUCUGUGUCAAUCCCGAUGGCGGCUCGUGGCUUUGCAGCAACAAUGCCACCGCGCUGGCCAAGGAGGUGUCUGUUGACCAGGAUCCGCUCAACCUCAUCUGGCUCGCGGGCCAGUUCAAAGACAUGAUUGUCUUUCCAUAUCUAAUAAUCAUUGCCAUCAUCUUCGCCUUCCUCUGUAUUCUACUGCUGGCCACCUUUCCCGGUUGGCAUAGGGAACAGGACUCUGAAGGAUCCGAGCGCAACGUCAAGCCUUUCCCCUCACGGGCCGUCUCACAGGUCGCCCUCACCAUCAUCUUCAUCUCCUCCGUCUUCGUCCUCGUGUCUGUCCUGUGGCAACACACGGCGUCGGUUGCGGCGUCCAUCAUUGCCCAAGAUUUCGGCAACGGUUCUGUCAGGAGCGGCGUGGGCACCAGCGCCAUGGUUAUGGGUUGGUUCUCCUUCGCAGUGCUCAUCGUUGUCACGGUCGGCAUGCUCAUUAUGAUAUUGAGCAUGACUGUGUUCAAAUACAUGAUGUCUGCCUAG